AGAAGCAGCCAGUGGAACAUUGAGCCCCAGCUUUCUGGGAUGUCACCAGACACAAUGCAACCAGAGGCUAACUAUGAGAGAGACAUAUUGAAACGCAGCCAAGCAGUAAAUGAAGACUACUGCAACACAGGCUACGACAGAGGGCACCUCAACCCCAACAGCUUCCAGUGUGAGGAUGGUCGCAAAGCGACAUUCACCCUGAGCAACAGUGCACCCAUGGACGCCUGCUUCAACCGCGUGGACUGGAAACGCUGGGAGGAAGCCGUGAGGUACAUCUUAACGGCAGCGUCUCAGGGAACUGCCUACAUCGUCACAGGAACUGUACCGUCUGGAAAUUACCGUAUACCAAGACAAGGAGAAUUUGACCCCCCCAGCUCCAGGGACUUUAACAGAGUCACUGCCCCGUCACAUGUCUGGUCAGCUGUCUGUUUUAAGAGUAAUGUGGAAAAGCAGUCCUUUUCAUUUGGGUAUAUAGGGCUAAACCAAGCAGACAGCAAAAUAAAUGUUAAGACUGUACCUCAACUAAACCGUGAGCUGUCGCUGCUGUACCAUUCUAAUCAUGUGCAAGUGUUUGCUGAUGACUGUUACUCCAGUAAGCCCAAGUCAGAGGAUGUUACUCAGCAUCUCUAUCGCCGCAUCCAGCUACCUUUAAGUGACAAGCUGACCAUGUCUGAGGAGACCCUUAACUUAUUUCACACUGCUAUGACCCAGUUUGACGAUGUACAAGUGGCGGUGAAAAUGCCGAGAUUAACAGCUGCGACAAUAGAAGGGGUUUUCUUCAGUGCAGUGUCUUGGUUUGCGAACAUGCAGACCAUGAAAUAUGUCACUAGGUCAGCAUGUGUCCUCUCCCAACCAUACACAGGGCCCGUUUGGGGUCAGACGAACACAAAGAUUAAAAAACGAGAUAUCCCUGAUGGUGAUGGUUCACAGGAGCUGGUCUGCAGCCUCGUUCCAGAGGUAGAAGAGGGCUGCACCAGCUCUUGCCUGUUCAAGGAGGAGGCUCGAGGCUACCGCUGCUACUAUUAUUCAUCUGAAAGGCCGUGCUCCCCUCAGUACUCCAUAAUAACAGUCAGUGGGGCCAAGUGCAGGAGUGACCACACCUGUGGAACGCACGGGCAGCAAUACUACUGGUGCUACACUGGUGAAGACUCAUGGGAAUAUUGUAGUCCCCCAUUACCCAUGGGCAUCACUCAGAGGUGGAAGUACUGUCGCUCCAACCACAACUGUGGCUGGUAUGGAGAAAGCUACACCUGGUGCUACACUGAUUACAAUGACAACUGGGACUAUUGCUGUAGCAUGGAGUACAACUUCUCUGCUCUCAAUGGCAAGAUGUGUAAGUCCGACCACUUGUGUGAUUACCAUGGUGAACGUUACCUUUGGUGCUAUACCACAGAUGGCUCUUGGGAAUACUGCUGCACUAGGUGACCUACCUAAGCACCAU